AUGCUUCUUAGAGCAAAACCCACUUCCCGCCAUCUCCCACUUUCUGAAAUUAUCGACCUCGACCCAAAACAGCUACUAACUGAAAAGCUCCUGUCCCUCUUGAAAAAAUGUUCAUCAACAAAAUCACUUCAGCAAAUUCAUACUCAAAUGCUUAUUCAUUACAUUCAAAAACCCAACUUCCUCCUCUCCAAAAUCAUUGAACUAAAAGACUUCAACUACGCUUCAACUCUGUUCUAUCACCUCCCCAAUCCUAAUGACUACGCUUUCAAUAUAAUGAUCCGUGGCUUCACAACCACAUGGAAAAAGUACUCUCUUUCUCUUCAGUUCUAUUAUGAAAUGAGAGCUUUAGGCUUGAAACCAAAUAAUUUUACAUACCCAUUUUUGUUUAUUUCGUGUGCGAAUCUUUCGGCAUUGAAUCAUGGGGUUUUGGCUCAUUCGUGUGUGUUUAAGAUUGGAUUGGAUGGUGAUGAUCAUGUUAGUCAUUCUUUGAUUACCAUGUAUGCGCGGUGUGGUGAAUUGGGAUAUGCCCGGAAGGUGUUUGAUGAAAUUCUUAUGAGGGAUUUGGUGUCGUGGAACUCGAUGAUUUCGGGUUAUUCGAAGAUGGGGUAUGCGAGGGAUGCGGUGGAGUUGUUUGGGAGGAUGAGGGAGGAGGGGUUUGCACCGGAUGAAAUGACGAUGGUGACUGUUCUUGGGUCGUGUGGGGACUUGGGGGAUUUGGGGCUAGGGAGGUGGGUGGAACAGUUUGUGGUGGAGAACAAAAUGGAGUUGAACUCAUUUAUGGGGUCUGCGUUGAUUGAUAUGUAUGGGAAGUGUGGAGAUUUAGUGUCUGCGAGGAGGGUCUUUGAUGUGAUGGUGAAGAAGGAUGUGGUUACAUGGAAUGCUAUGAUCACAGGAUAUGCUCAGAACGGUUUCUCAAACGAAGCAAUUAUGCUGUUUAACAGAAUGAAAGAGGCGGGAGUUAAUCCAGAUCAAAUUACAUUGAUUGGAGUACUGUCUGCUUGUGCCUCUAUCGGGGCCCUUCAGUUGGGGAAAUGUGUUGAUACAUAUGCAUCAGAAAGGGGCCUACAACACAACAUUUUUGUUGCUACUGCUUUGAUUGACAUGUAUGCUAAAUGUGGGAGCAUAGAGAACUCAUUAAGAGUUUUUGAAGGCAUGCCUCUGAAAAAUGAGGUAUCAUGGAAUGCAAUGGUCUCAGCACUUGCUUUUAAUGGACGAGCCUUGGAGGCCUUGUCAUUAUUCGAUUGCAUGUUGAAGGAUGGUAGGGAUGUCCGUCCCAAUGACAUAACAUUUGUAGGAGUACUUUCUGCAUGUGUUCAUGCUGGAUUGGUUGAUGAAGGCCGUCGGUUGUUUGACUUGAUGAGCUCGUCGUUUGGGUUAAUACCGAAAAUUGAGCAUUACUCUUGCAUGGUUGAUCUUUUGGCACGUGCAGGACAUGUUCAUGAAGCUUGGGAUUUUAUUGAGAAGAUGCCUGAAAAACCAGAUGAAAUUGUACUAGGGGCAAUGCUUGGUGCAUGUCAAAAGCAGAGAAAUGUUGAUGUCAGUCAACGGGUGAUGCAACUACUUCUGGAAAUUGAGCCUUCAAAUUCUGGAAACUAUGUAAUCUCAUCAAAAAUAUAUCGGAAUUUGAGAAUGUGGGAUGAGUCAGCAAAGAUGAGGAUGUUAAUGAGACAGAGGGGUGUCAGCAAGACUCCUGGUUGUAGCUGGAUCGAGAUUGAUGAUCAAAUUCAUGAGUUUCUUGCUGGUGAUGAUAUACGGCAUUAUUCAACUGAGAUCUGCCAAUUGUUUGACUUGCUAAAUGAGGAAAUGAAAAGGGAAGGUUACCUUCCAAAGGUUGAUUGUUUAUAACCAUCGAGAUUUGAAAGUUGAGAAAUUGCUUUAUUCACCAAUAUUUUUGGAAAUUUAGAAACAAGCUUGGAGACUAGAGGUACUUAGCUUUAAGUUUGGGGAAUUUAGGUAAAUAUUUCAAAGCUUUUUUAAGAACUUCUACAAGCUGGGAACAGUUGCCUAAUUUUCAGCA